UGUUGCAGUAGUAUUGCUUCUUAUCGUCGUCAUCUCCUUGCGCUUCUGAUGACAAUGAACCUGGAGACUUCUGGAGAUCUGAAGAACUGCCGUCUGUUCGAGGAGUUGGCGAUAGGCCAAGAAAAGGUGAGGUUGCUAGCCGAUAAGACUCUGUCGACGACAGCGGACUGGACACUGAGGGCGAGACAAGAGGAUGUCCAGAUGGAGUGA